GGAAGGAGUGGGUGUAAGCUCGUCUGGCUGGGCUGACGCAGUCUCUCGGUUCUGAUUUGCUUUGUGGCGUCCGGGCCUCUACGCCUUGAGGAGCUUUUUCAGGGUAUUUGAGAAGAUCCGGGGUGCUUAGCGCAUCCCGAAGCCACCGCGCCCCGCGCCAUGUCCUGGAUGUUUAAUAGGGAUCCUUUUUGGAAAUAUAUGCCGUCUGCCUAUUAUGGAGCCCGUGAAAAUGUUCCAAGAUUUUCACACCCAUCUUUCUUUCCACAUUUUGAAUUCCAAGACUUUUUCCCUUCAGAUACCUACCUAAGUAGUAAUGACGAGCUAAAUUUGGUUUUAUUUGGAACUAUGACAGAAGAAAUUGUUGGACUACACUAUUACUUAGGAGUUGUAAAUAAUAAUGAAAUGGUUGCUUUUCAACGAGAGCCUCAUAAUCCCUAUGAUAAGAAUACUAUUAAAGUAAAUAAUAUGAGUGGAUAUCAGAUUGGCAUUUUAAAGAAAGAGCUUGCAGCUGCCUUGGCCUAUCUCAUGGACCACAGAUUGAUACAAAUAGAAGGGGUAGUCCCUUUUGGUGCAAGUAAUACUUUUACAGUGCCUCUUCAUAUGACUUUCUGGGGAAAUGAAAAAAAUAGAAAAAUGGUUUUAGAUCAGUUGAACAAACAUGGAUUUGACUUGGGUCCCACACCAAAAACUUCAGAAUUGAGUUUGGAGAAUGCGUGCGACUCUGGAGGAGCUGGACCAAGUAGCCCAGUUCCUGUUGCAGUACAGAUGACAACUGAACAGGUCAAAAUGGAAUUUGAAAAGUUAUUUGAAGAUUUAAAUGAAGAUGCUAAAACUACUGAAAUGGAACCAGCUGAGGCUAUUAAAACACCAUUGCUUUCACACCAAAAACAAGCUCUCUGUUGGAUGAUUGCACGAGAGAACAGCAGAGAACUUCCACCAUUCUGGGAGAAGCGAAAUGGCCUUUAUUAUAAUACAAUAACAAAUUUUGUUAUGAAGGAACGACCAGAAAGUAUUCAUGGAGGAAUUUUAGCUGAUGAUACGGGUUUGGGCAAAACUCUUACUGCCAUUGCUGUAAUUCUUACCAACUUUGAUGAAGACAGGCCUCUUCUCGGUCAAAGAAGCAAGAAGAAUCAUCCAGGAAAAGAAAACAAAGAUAAUACCAUUCAACUCAAAGGAAGUAAUACGGACAAGAAGGCAGACGGACGCUCAGAGCCAUCCACAUCUAGUGAAGAACCCAGUGUUUCAGAUAUUCCGGAGAAGAGUAACUAUGCCAUGUCAGAACUGUCUGAUGACCACCUUAAAAGAAGACAGGCUGCUGAGCAGCACAUUGAAAGCAGUGAUUCAGAGGAGGAUACAAGUGAACUGGCCCAGCAGAUGAGAGGUGCAUAUAUGAUAGCAGGCCCAAAGAGGACUGGAAAGAGGAUAAUAUCAACACUGAUCGUCUGUCCACUCUCUGUGCUGGGCAAGUGGAUUGACCAGUUUGGACAACAUAUAAAAUCAGAAGUGGACUUGAGUAUCUAUGUUUAUUAUGGGCCUGAUCGUAGUAAAGAUUCAGCCUGGCUUUCAAAACAGGACAUUAUUUUGACUACUUAUAAUAUCUUAACUCAUGAUUAUGGAGUAAGUCUGCAGACUAAAGAUGAGUAUAGUCCAUUACACAACAUAAAGUGGUUAAGAGUAAUCCUGGAUGAAGGCCACGCCAUACGGAAUCCAAAUUCUCACCAGACAAGAGCAGUACUUGAGUUAGUGGCAGAGAGAAGAUGGAUAUUGACAGGUGCUCCUAUCCAGAAUUCUUUAAGGGACUUGUGGUCUCUUAUGGCCUUUUUACAAAUUCCACCAUUUAUUUAUAGAGAAUGGUGGAGUAGAAUAAUACAGCGUCCUGUCACAAGAGGAGAUGAGGAAGGACUUAGGUAUUUACAGACCUUAAUUCAAAAUAUUACACUUAGAAGAACAAUGACAAGCAAAGUUAAAGGAAAACCUGUUUUGGAGUUUCCAGGAAAGAAAGUAUUUAUUCAGCAUAUUACUCUGUCAGAAGAAGAGAGAAAGGUUUAUCAGUCUGUUAAAAACGAAGGCAAGGCUACCGUUGAAAGGUAUUUCAAUGAUGGGACUGUCUUUGCACACUAUGCAGAUGUCGUGGGUCUUCUGCUUAGAUUGCGGCAGAUUUGCUGCCAUACUCUUCUUCUGACAAACGAUAUCUCUUCAAGUGACCCCUCCAGAAAUGAUACACCUGAAGAAGUGAGAAAGAUGUUAAUAGAGAAGAUGAAGUUAAUUCUGAGCUCUGGUUCAGAUGAAGAAUGUGCAGUUUGCCUGGACUCACUGACAUUGCCUGUGAUAACACGUUGUGCACAUGUGUUUUGUAAACCUUGUAUUUGCCAGGUCAUUGAGUGUGAGCAGCCACAUGCCAAGUGUCCUCUAUGCAGAAGUAAAAUAAAUGGAGAUAAUUUACUAGAAUGUUCUCCAGAAGAAUUGGCCAGUACCAUUGACAAAAAGUCCAGCAUGGAAUGGUCGUCCAGCUCAAAGAUUAAUGCUCUAAUCAAUGCUUUGAAUGAAUUACGGAAAGAAAAUCCCAACAUAAAAAGUUUGGUUGUUUCUCAGUUUUCCUUAUUCCUGUCUUUAAUAGAAACAGCGCUUGAAGCCUCGGGAUUUGUGUUUACUCGCUUAGAUGGUUCCAUGCUUCAUAGUAGAAGAGGUGAAAUAGCUGAUUGUUUUCAAACCACAGAAGCAGGAUCUCCUACUGUAAUGCUGCUGUCCUUAAAAUCAGGUGGACUUGGCUUGAAUCUCUGUACAGCGUCUCGAGUGUUCUUAAUGGACCCGGCCUGGAAUCCUGCUGCAGAAGAUCAGUGCUUUGAACGAUGCCAUCAACUUGGCCAGACACAAGAGAUUAUCAUCACAAAAUUCAUUGUGAAGGAUUCUGUUGAAGAAAAUAUGUUGAAAAUACAAAACACGAAAAGAGAGCUUGCAGCUGGAGCCUUUGGAUCGAAGAAAAUAAACUCUACUGAAAUGAAACAAGCUAAAAUCAAUGAAAUCAAAACUUUAAUUGAUCUGUAAUUUGUGGGUUUUUUCUGAGGUCAGUUUGAACAGAUACUUAAGUUUUACAGAUGAAAAAUACAGAUUUAAGAAUGAGAUCUAGGGGUGGAGAGGUAGCUCAGUAGUUAGAGCACUGGCUGCUCUUCCAGAGGUCCUGAGUUCAAUUCCCAGUAACCACAUGGUGGCUCACAACCCUCUGUAAUGGGAUCUGAUGCCCUCUUCUGGUGUGUCUGAAAACAGCUAUAGUGUACUCACAUACUU